ACACGCCAGACGCCAGUUUCCACGCUAACUUUAUACUUUGUGCACGUGUAAUAUGUGUCGAAUUUAAAAGUGGAAGUGUUGUGAGAGUGAAUUAAGGAAUGGUGCAACCGUGCCAGAGAUUUAUAAUAGAUAGCGUGCACUAAUGCGCGGUGCGGGGCUGAGAGGAUGCGUGAGGAGGAGCUGGAGGUAGCCCUCAAGGUGGUGAUAGUUGGUGAUGGCGGUGUGGGAAAGUCCAGCAUGAUACAGCGGUACUGCCGCGGCACCUUCACCCGAGAUUAUAAGAAGACCAUCGGUGUCGAUUUUCUCGAACGGCAAAUCGAGAUCGAUGGUGAAGAAGUUAGACUCAUGCUGUGGGACACAGCCGGUCAAGAGGAGUUCGAUGCUAUCACAAAAGCUUAUUACCGCGGCGCCCACGCGUGUGUUCUUGCAUUCUCUACGACCGACAGGGAUUCCUUUCUAGCCCUACAUUCGUGGAAGCUAAAGGUGGAAAACGAGUGCGGUGAAAUACCAACCAUAAUUGUUCAAAAUAAAAUUGACUUGAUGGAUCAGUGUGUAGUAGGGCCAGAUGAAGCUGAAUUAGUGGCGAGAGCUCUUGGCUGUAGGCUGAUGCGCGCUUCGGUUAAGGAAGAUGUGAACGUAGGAGCCGUCUUUCGGGCGUUGGCAGCGAGGUGCCUCGCAGACUUGAGGCGAGAACACGCAGCCGAAAUCACUGCACCCACUAUAGCACCAGUCAUAGGAACGUUUACUAAUCACAACAGCAACGGUACAAUCCUACUGCGCCCAGUCAAGCACAGGCCUGGGGGUAAAAAGAAAAAUGUUCUGAAAAACGCGUGCAGAAUACUGUGAUUGACUGUCUAGUGGAUAACGUCGAUAACUACAUUUGAACUUUUAAACCCUUGUGUUAAUAUUUAUGUAAAAAUAAUGUUACAUUUGUACUAUGUUAAGCAAACGUGGUGCCUCUCUGUAAAUUUAGAUAUAAGCUAUUGUUUUCGGCAUCUGUAGACCUACGCUUGGAAAACAUACUUUAUGUACAUAAUUGUUUAAUGUUUUGUUCUGUUUGGAUAUGUGCAAUUUUAAUCCAUUAACUUUGAUGUUUUUUUGUUUAAGUUAAUUGAAUGAAAAAUUUAUCCUUCAUAACAGUCUAAUAGAUUCCCUAUAGUUGGUAUGUAUUCGGUAUUUCCACACAUUAUUCACAUUUAUAUUUAAUCACAGCACUGGUGACAAUUGAAGAGCAUAAAGCCUCGUAUUUAUGGUAAACAUUUGUUAAGCAUCAACGUGUCGGGGAGUUGCGGGCAACCCUGCGUAUUGCAGGUUGUUGACGAGUUCUCGAUGAGAGGCAACAUCUGUUUAUUAUCAAUAUUGCUGACGUGGAGUUGUUAGCGAUACAUCCAAUAAAAUAAAUAUUGUUUCCUGAAAUGACUCACGUUGUGCAGAAAAUAGUGUAAUAUUUUUUGUAAAUAUGUAUUUGUUUUGGUGUCAAUAAAUUAU